AAGGGGACAUAAGGAAGAUCCUAGACUACCCCACUUUGCCUCCCCACAUUGACUUGCUCCUUUUUCAAGCCUCAGAACCCCAGAGUCUUCAGUAGGACCUCUAGAGAGGCUGCGUGUGACAUCGUCUUUUGGAGAGAGCUGGAGUCAGCGGGCCCUGGACCUUCGAGAUGCAAGAGGGCGGGGCACCCACACCUGUAGUGUCCGGAUACACCGGACGCCUCGGACUGGGGACCACAGGGGUUUAGGGAUGCAAAACCCACAGCAUUAUGGGAGCAUCUAGGUGGGCAGAAGGAGAGAGAUAGAACAAAGCCAGCAAUUCUUGGUGGCGGCAGCGCAGUGGCGGCAGAGUUCCUUCGCUCCUCCGCUGCUCGCCAGCGUCCUCCGGUCCCCGCCCUUCCAAGCGCGGCGGAGCUCGGGCUGGUGGUGCGCGCGGGUGCCCGGAGGCCCGCCCCCCACGGCGGCGCGGAACCUGGAGCUGGCCGUGGUGCUGACGCGAGGCUCGGGCGCGCACUCGCUGCCUGGCUCGGGCAGGGCCGCGCCCUGCGACACUCCCCAGCCCCGGCGAGAGGAGAACCCAUCGGGUCUAAAGCACCAAAGUCCAGCAAGACUUGUGAGCAGGGGCGGGCUGGCCUUUCAGAGCCCACAGGCUUUACAAUUUUGCACAGUGGCAAGAAGACAACAUGGAGCUGAGGAGAGGAAAGACCUUUAUCAAAUCUAGUGUGCAGAUUUCCCACGAGAAACUCAUAGACUCCCCAGCCAAGGAGGACCCAGACACUUGGUCACUCUCACUGGGAGAGCAGCAGAGAGCCCAUGGCGAGAGGAGCUCCCAAACAAGUCCCCGUGCCCAAGGGUAUGGCCGGUGCCCCAACAAAGAGGUACUGUCUGACCCAGAAGGGGGUCCCGUGCCCCUCUGUGGAAACACUUUCAAGUUGGUGCGCAAGAGUAAGACACAUGACAAUGUUCCAGGGGCUGUGAAGGCAGCAGCCCCCACAGGGCAAAUGGUAGGUAGCACAAGCUUCACAGAGACCCCAGGAGGUCAGCGUAUGAUUGACUACCGCCACUUUGUGCCCCAGAUGCCCUUCGUGCCAGCUGUGGCUAAGAGCAUCCCAAGAAAAAGGAUUUCCCUGAAAAGGUCCAAGAAGUGCUUUCGAAACCUAUUUCACAUGCGCAGAAGCAAGACUGAGAACUUGGCCUCGCUCUCAGCCAAGGGGAAGAACCUCUCCCCUCCCGGGGUCCCAGCGCAGCAAGGCAAGCCCUUCUUCUCCAUGGGUGAGGGGCUGGGGCUGGACAGCCUAUGCCAGGACCUGUCUGACAGUGAGUUUCUACAUGACUCACCCUUUGACCUCUGCAGCGCCCUGUGUGAGGAUGUGGCCUCACUGAAAAGCUUCGAUUCACUUACAGGUUGUGGGGAGAUCUUUGCAGAUGGGAGCUCAGUGCCAUCUGUGGAGUUGAAGGACGGCCCAGAGAGCCCAGCCCAUUCACCGCAGGCUCUGGACAGCAAGACUCCCUGUGGCCCCUCCCAGGGUAGUAUGGAACAGCUGAUGUCCCCUGCCCAGAAUGAAGCAUCAGACUUCACCAAGUUCUGGGACAGUGUGAAUCGCUCUGUGCAGCAGCAGCAGCGUGCCCUGCUGGGCCCGUGGUUGAUGAGUCCCCAGGGAACAGAAACUGACCAACCCAGGCUGGACUCAUCUGGGUUAGCUGAACUGCCCCUGUUCCCUUGCAGGGGUCCCCCCAGUGGCUCCAAAGCCAGCUCCAUAGACACAGGUACCCCCAAAAGUGAACAGCCUGAAUCUGUGUCCACAAGCGAUGAAGGUUACUAUGAUUCCUUCUCACCAGGCCUUGAGGAGGAGAAGAAGGAAGCUGCGAGCCCAGCCACGCCUGCAGCCGCUUUCCCCAGGGACAGCUACAGUGGGGACGCCCUCUAUGAACUCUUCUAUGACCCCAGCGAGGCUCCUGUUGGCCCAAUCCUGGAUGAUGACUGUGUGUCUGAGAGUCUCUCGGGACCUGCCUUGGGGACUCCGUUGUCUAUGUGCAGCUUCCGCGUGGGGGCGGAGGAGAACCUGGCCCCAGCGCCAGGCCCUGACUUGCUCAGCCAGGGCUUCCUACAGAGUACCUGGAAGGGCAAGGAAUGUUUGCUGAAGCUCUGUGACACAGAACUUGCCAUCACCAUGGGCAUUGUCAACUGGCUGCGCAGAACCCCACAGGCCACUGCCCCUACCCCUGCCUCUACCCCUGCCAUUGUCCUUCGGGAGCCCGCUGCCCCACCUGACCCCCAUAGAGUCCUCAGAGGAACAUCAGCAGAUAUGAAAGGCAGGGAAGAUCAGGCCUUAGACGUGGGUAAGGAUGUGCAAUGCUUUUCACCCAGUAGGCAGGUGCCCUGGGCGCAUUCAGGAACCAAAGACUUGCUUAUUAGAGAGCGGGAGGUCCAAGGGGAGCCCGCAAGGGGUAUAAAUACCCCCUCUAAAGAUGGCUCUCUAGAGGAAGGAGCACAAAAUGCCUCCGAAGGCCGGUCCUCCUCGGAAGUAACCACUACAACAAGCAUUUCCAGGAAUAGCAAAGCUGUAAACUCUGCCACCCGUCUCAGUUCUCAGAAGGAACUCGGGACACCUGGGAACCUGAGGUGUUCUCAAGGUCCCUUAAGACCAGGGCCUGGAGGAAGUGCUCUUGAUCCAGGGCCUGUGCUUGUGGGCUGUGUGACCCAUGUGGCAGCCCUGCAAAUCUAUCCAGACAGCCAUUCUCCUAGACAGGAUAAGGGCAAUGGGCUCCUCUGGAAGCCUCAGGCUUGGGGUCCUAACGCUGUGCAAAAGAAACCUACAAGCAGCAAACGCAAUGAAGCAGCCGCCUGUGGCCUCUCCUCCUCGGCCAGCCCACAAGACCAGAGAUGUCAUGACCUCUUCCUGGACCUGAACCAACUCACCUUGGAACCCUCCAGGCUAGGUACCCAAGCCUGUGCCUCUGUGGACAGCCUGCCUCAGCAGCUCUGCCCCAGGGCUCCAGAGCAAGUGCCACAUAGGGGUUCAGUGGGGUCCUGAGCCGCUCUGGGCCCCCAAUGUCCAGCCUCUGUGGCUAUUUCCCAGAAAUCCUGAGGCUUUCUUUGGACAGUGAGCAGUGGUAAGUCCCUCCUUCCCCAGGAGUGGGCCAGGAAAUGUGGCCAUGGCCUUCUGAAUGGACUUCUUGUGGAUAACCAGAAGAGCAGGCUAACAAGGUGACCAUGGCGCAGGCUCACCUACAGAAUGGACGCACACUAUUCAGGAACUGCAUAUGCAUGACCUCAUUCAGGAGAACCCUGGAAGGACCAGAAUCUUCGUCUUUAUUAUUUUUUUUUCUGGCGUGAGGCUUGUGUUUGGGGUAGAUAUGGUCGAGCUCAGGUAUGCGGGGAGGGGGGAUGGGGAUGAGAUGAGGGGAUCAUUGCCUGAGCCCGGGGCUAAAGACUGCUGGGAGCUGUCUAUGCUUAGCUGCCCCUCAUGUCACAGGGACAGUUGAUGGCCAGAAAGCAGUUCGUGGUGUAAAUGAAGACAGGGGUAGCCGUUUCAUCUGUUUGAGGAUGAGAGCCACGGCUCAGGAGGCGGAAAACCUCAUGGGGUUGAGUUCACAAGGACCCACUGGCUUCAUCCAAGCCUACUCGUUACCAGGAUGGGAGACUGCCACACACUACAGCGUCCCAGUGCUUCUGUUCAGGACAACAAGGACCAGCUCGGUCUCAGCAGGAACCUGGAGCUGCCAGCAUGGUGUAAGAGCACAGCUUUGCCAGGGCUGACCAGACCCUGCCUGAUCAGUAGGUUCUGUCAUAGGUAAUUCUGUGCAUUCCCUUCAGUUUGAUCUCUGAGGCCUUGGGUGGGUAAAAGCCCACUGUUUUCCCCACGUCUGCCAUUCUGCCUUGGAGUUGCAAAGGCCUUGUCCUCUGCCCUUUCCACUCCCAGCAUGGCCACCUUUUCUCCAGGGAGCUCUCUGAAAGAUGCCGGGCUCACCACCCCUAACCCAAAAGCAACACGUGCACCAAACCCAGACAUUCAGAAUCGGGACAGGACCUGCUGGAUGUUGUUCCCAUGAAGUGUAGACAUCGCUUCUGACCCAGCAAGAGGCCAGGGAGAGAGGGCCCAUCCUCACUGCCAGGGAUUUGAUUCUACCUCAGCAAAAAUAACACAGUGGUAGGCAGAGGAUGAGGACUUGACAGGUAGCUGUAAAGUUUGUCACCAGGAUCUUGCUUGCAGGCAUACUGCUGGAGAGGCCACACUUCAUACAGAGCUUCCGAGGAGAGGUACAGGAAUUCCAGACAAACACUGAAGUCCCAUUAGUAGCAUGGGUUCAGGGCCCGAGUGCUUCACUUCAGGCUAGAAAGUGUCUUGUGAUCUCUGGCAUCAACAGUUCUCUAAGGCUGCUUGCUGUGUGUGAGAUGAGGGCCGUAGGUUAAAAGCAGACACCAAGGUUGUGGCCGUGUGGAUCUGGAAUCAAGGAAGCACAGGGCCAUUCACCUGGGCAGCCAUGUGUUCUUCUCCUAGGACCCAGACCCCAUCAUGACUUCAUAAUGACAUCACUGAGCCUGGCUCUGAAUAAGUGACAAGUAGAAGACCAUUCUGCAUGACCCCUGCAGCAGUCUGAGGUAAAUUACACUCAUUUCAGACCUGGGGAGCAGGCACAGCUUGUGGGACCUUUCUGUGGACAUACACAUGUAGGGUAGGCAGGUAGGGCGUUCAGAUCCCGUCCAUACCUUAGUACAAAAGCUCUACUAUGCAGUCAGUUCUGGAACAUUCCGCUGGUCUCCCGCAGCCGAUACUCCCAGAGCCUUCAGCCCUUUCUUCUUCCAGGUCACAGAUGCCUGAGCACCCCAGGGUGCCAACCACAUGUCUCUAUGAGCAGGCUGAGAGCUCAGUAAGGAGGCCACCCAACCCCAGUCACAGCCUUUGGGCUUUGUACUGUACUUGACAGAGAAAGUACUCAGUAAAUACUUUUUUUUUGAAAGAA